AUGAAAGAAACAAUCUCUGAGAAACUUGAGAAUAUUUUCUUUAACCUUCAAUAUGAAGAUUAUGAUAAGGCUGACCAAAAACUUAUUCAGCUUUUAUCUUUAGAAACUGAAGAAUGCGAAGAAUUGUAUCAAAAAGAACCCAAACUUUUUGAUCAAUAUUUUAGAAUGACUAAAAUAGAUGAACCUGAUACUGAAUCAGAACAAGAAGAUAACUUUAAGACUAAUACAAAAACUGUAAAGUUCGAAUAUUCAGAUAUGGAAGAUGAUGAAGCAGAAUCUUCUUAUACAGCCGCUAGAAGAAGCAAUAAAAAGAAAUAUGAGUUCAAAAUGCCUGUCCACAAUGGUAUUCCAAAUAGUGGUCAAGGAUCCAAUACGAUCAAUGUACUCAAUAUUGAUUGUAUCCAAGAUCUAAAACUCAGAGAAAGAGUUGUAGAAAAAUGGGUUACUGAGAUUUCACUAAUCUUACAGACAAACCCAGAUGAAUUUGAAAAAGCAAAAAAUGUUCUACUACUUUUAGAACACAAAACUGAUGGAAUUGUGCAAAAAUUCCUAAGAAACAAUAAUUGGAAUGAAGAAAUGCAUGGUUCAGAUCUUUUUGAUAAUAUCAUAAAUGUCAUAUACACUACUUUCUUAGGUCUUGAUUAUAUUUCUAAUAAAGACUUCACCAUUAAUAAGAAAGUUGACAUAGCAAGAGUUUCAAUGACAAAACUCCAAUUACAUGAUAUUAGUCUUCUCGACAAAUACACAUGUAUGUAUGAAUCAUAUCUGUAUGAUAUUCCACAAAGAAGUGAAUAUGCGCAAUGGAUAUCUGCUUACCUCAUGAAAAUUCCAAUUAUUGGAGAAACCUGUACAGACAGAUGGAAAAAAGAAGUUACUGGAGAAAUCCAGCAAACCAGUCUUUCUUAUGCAACAAAAAUUGCAAAAGAAGAAAUUGAUAGAAUCUGUCAAGACAGAUAUAAACAACAAAAACUUAAAACAAUAAGCAAAGAUUGUUGUAGCAUUCUCUCUGAUUUCAAAAACUUUGAUAUUGGAAAGAAAAAUUAUAAUAAGAAAAAGUAUAAAAACAAAAAGAAUUCAAAUCUUUUUGGAAAAAGAAAAGAAGAAAAUUUUCACCAGGAAAAUACUUCAAAAAACCUUCAAAAGAAACACCUAAGAAGAAUACUUCCUGUCCGCAAGGAAAGAAAAAAUGUAGGUGUUGGAUCUGCAAUGAAGAAGGACACUACGCCAAUGAAUGUCCAAAUAGAAAAAAAUACCCAGACAAAGUCAAGGUUUUACAAACCGCUAACAAUGGGGGAUUUGAAGCUCUUGAAGAAGAGUAUGAUGGUACACAACAUGUUUUUAUAUAUCAUGUUGAGACAGAUCUUCAUCAGACACUGA